CCGCCGCCUCCUCGCGUGGUUUCGGUGCCGCAGAUUCGCCGCCGCAGAUUCGUCACAGGUCCCAGCGCAGCGCUGAGCGCAGCGACCCUGCCCCGUUAUUCCGUUUCGUCUUCCCCGUUCCUAUCGUUCCCCUCCGUUCUCCCUUUUGGCUCUGUUCCGCUCCUCCCCGCUCCCCACCCCUCCGUGGCGAAUCUGCCGUCGCGAACCGUUCGCUUCCGCGGCUGCCUCCCCGCGUGGUUUCGCAGCCGCAGAUUCGCCACAGGUCCCAGCGCGGCGCUGAGCGCAGCGACCCGGCUCCGUUAUUCUGUUUCGUCCCCUCCUUUCUUAUCGUUUCCCUCCGUUCUCCCUCUUGGCGCUCCUCCACCCAUCUGUGGCGAAUCUGCCUCCGCGAACCCUUCGCCACCGCCUCCCCGCGCGUUCGGGGCCGCAGAUUCGUGGGGUUCGCGCCGGCAGAUUCGCCGCGGUCGGGGCUGAGCGCGGCCGCCCCGGUCCCUCCCGGUCCUUCCUGGUUCCCCGCUUCUGCUGCUCUCCUCCCUCCCCGGUGCCGUGAUGCCCCCGGGGCGGCCUUGAGGAGGCACAGCUCGGCCAUGGAGCCCGCGGGGCCCGGCUGCGCCCCGGCCGCCCCCGCGCCCCGCAGCGAGGCCCGAGGCCCCGAGGAGCCCGGAGGCCCCGGGGAGGGGCGGCUCCGGGCCGGCGCCAAGCGGGUCACGUUCCCGUGCGACGAGGACAUCGUGUCCGGGGCCGUGGAGCCCAAGGACCCGUGGAGACACGCCCAGAAUGUGACGGUCGAGGAGAUCCUGACCGCCUACAAGCAAGCCUGCCAGAAGCUGAACUGCAAGCAGAUUCCCAAACUCCUGAAGCAGAUACAGGAAUUCAAGGAUCUGGCUCCCAGGAUAGAUUGCUUGGAUCUGAAAGGGGAGAAGCUGGAUUACAAAGCCUGCGAGGCGCUGGAGGAGAUUUUCAAGCGUGUCCAGUUCAAAGUGGUUGAUUUGGAGCAAACGAGCUUGGAUGAAGACGGCGCCUCAGCGUUGUUUGACAUGAUCGAGUACUACGAGUCGGCCACGCACCUCAACAUCUCCUUCAACAAACACAUCGGCACUCGGGGCUGGCAGGCGGCCGCCCACAUGAUGAGGAAGACAAACUGCCUGCAGUACCUGGACGCGCGGAACACGCCCCUCCUGGACCACUCGGCGCCCUUCGUGGCGCGCGCCCUACGCAUCAGCAGCAGCCUGGUCGUCCUGCACCUGGAGAACGCCAGCCUUUCGGGGCGCCCGCUCAUGCUCCUGGCCGCGGCUCUGAAGGUGAACAUGAACCUACGGGAGCUCUACUUGGCCGACAACAAACUGAACGGGCUGCAGGACUCGGCGCAGCUCGGCAACCUGCUCAAGUUCAACUGCUACAUACAGAUCCUCGACCUGAGGAACAACCACAUCCUGGACUCGGGCUUGGCAUACAUCUGCGAAGGGUUGAAGGAGCAGCAGAAGGGGUUGGUCACUCUGGUCCUGUGGAACAACCAACUGACUCACACCGGCAUGGCCUACCUGGGGAUGACACUGCCGCACACGCAGAGCCUGGAGACCCUGAACCUGGGCCACAACCCCAUCGGGAACGAAGGCGUCCGUAACCUGAAGACUGGGUUGAUCGGGAACCGUUCUGUCCUUCGCCUCGGCCUGGCAUCCACCAAACUGACCUGUGAAGGUGCCGUAGCAGUGGCGGAGUUCAUCGCGGAGAGCCCGCGGCUGCUUCGCCUCGACCUGCGGGAGAACGAGAUCAAGACGGGGGGGCUCAUGGCGUUGUCGUUGGCUCUGAAGGUCAACCACUCACUGCUGCGCCUCGACCUGGACCGGGAACCCAAGAAGGAGUCGGUGAAAAGCUUCAUCGAAACGCAGAAGGCUCUCCUGGCCGAGAUCCAGAACGGCUGCAAGCGCAACUUCAUCCUGGCCAAAGAGAAGGAGGAGAAGGAACAGAAGCUGCAGCAGUCGGCUUCGAUGCCGGAGAUCUCCGUGACGGAACCUCUGGAGGAGGCAGGGGACAGCCAGGAUGGCAGCACCGCCUCCGCUGCCGAAGAGGAGGAAGAAGCCAGGGAGACCCCCAUGGCCACAGAGAACGGGGACGCGGAGCGGGCAGAGGACGGUGACGACGACGGAGAUGAUGUGACGGACUCCGAUUCGGACACAGACGAGGAGGCGGAUGCUGGCUUAGAGACAAAGGACUUGAGCGAAGCGACGCAACGCCCCUACUCCACCGAUAGCGCUGCCGCACCCCCGUCAACGCCGUCCCCAGAGAUGCCGAGGGACCAACCACCUGCCCUGCACGUUGCUGAGAAACCACAGGACGACACCGGCGCUGGGAAUCCUGCUGCCCUUCCGGCCUCUGCGCUCUCCCAGGGAAACGAGAGGAGGAUUUCGGUUUCCAGUCCCGGACGAGGCCAUAAAAUCUUUGUGGUGACGCGAGUGGAGAGCCUGCCGGAGCGAGCCACCGCACAACCCGCUGAGCCCCAGAGCCCGGCUCUGGCCGCAAAUCCUGAACUCCUGGCAUCCCGGGCAAACGGAGCAAUUCCCGAAUCUGCCGUGAGCUCAGCAACGCCGCCGGCGGCACCGAGCGCCGGCUCGGACCCCGAGCAGGGGGACCCUGUGGCCUGCGAGAGCGUGGCCUGUGACGCUCCCCUCCCCAACGGGCUCAAGAUGGAUUUUGCACGAGCGCUGCCAGAGGUGUCGUCGGACAGCAAUGGGAAAAUGGAAAACUGUGCCGCCGAGCAUGAGCUGAGCUGCACCAAGAAUGAUCGGGAGUUGGAGGAGCUGCUGCGGGACGCCAGCCGGGACGCGGGGCCGGAGCCGCUGUGAGCUCCGGACCCCCGGGCCACUCGGCAUCGAGGGAAGGCUUCUCUUCCCGCUCCUCGUAAGGAUUAAGGAACCAAUUCCAGGCUUCAGGACAAAGAGUUAUUUUAAGCUUUCUUUUCCCAACCGGUUUCCUGCUCCCGGCCUCUCCCGGGCGGGAAGGGGAGCCGAGCAAACUGACCCAGACGGGAAUAUCCCGGCUCUCGCCAGACACUACCGGACACCUCUGCCUUCCCGUUUUCCCAUCCCUCUCCGAAGCGGAAAUCCUGGCACCGCAGCAUGGUGGGAAAGGGAAACCCAAACACUACAGGGAGGAAUUCCGGCUGGUGGGUGGCGCAUCCCGGGAGACGACGGGAACGCUGCGUGGAACGGGAGCAGCUCUCGCUGAGGAUCCCGGGAUAGGAGCGGCUUUCCCUAAGGAUUCCAGGACCGGCUGCCGUGGCGGCCACCGUGGUUAUUUAUUUUCCAAUUCCUGGGGUUUUUUUUGUUUGUUUGUUUGUUUUUCCGUCUCUUCGUUUCUCAUCCGUUGCAAAAUUCCUGGGCGGGGAUUUAGAGGAUGGGGGUUAGAACUAAGGAAUUCCUUCUGGGCUGUCCUGUAAUUCACCUCCUGCUCCGGGAAUGCCGGAAGGGAACCCCUAAACACAAAAACAACGGCGUUGGUGGAGCCACCCUGGCAAAAUCCUUGGAGCAGCCGGAGGCUUCGGCCGCUUCCUCGCAGCCGGCCACGCUGGCACGACGUCUUCCCGGCGAGUCGCGGAACCCUUCGGAGAUGGCGAUCCGAAUCCGAUGGCAGGAGGUGGAUGCUGUGCCCUUCACCGUCUUCUCCAUCAUCCCGGCUUCCCAACUUGGGCCAUCCGUAGGGAUAAAAGAGCCGGCACGAAGCCCGCGGGCAACCUUCUCCGUCUCGGAGAUGGGUUUCUCAGGGAAAGGUGGGAAGGUCCUUCCGGGAUGGGAGAAGGACGCGUGGCUUUUCUUUCUUAAGUGCAAUAAAUCUAUCAGGGAGCUGCGGGGGCUGCGGUGGCCGCGGUGGCCGUGGUGGCCGUGGUGGCCGCGGUGGCCGCGGUGGCCGUGGUGGCCGUGGUGGCCGCGGUGGCCGCGGUGGCGGUGGUCCUUCCUUUCCGUUGUGGUUUGUUUUGUUAACACUGUUUUCUAUUAAACAAAGUUCUUGCAUUGGUCACGG